AUGGUUAGGUAUAAAAUUUUAUAUAUAUUUUUAUUAAUAUUAAUUUUUGAUAUUAAAUGUCAAAUACAGACAUUAAACUCAAUAACAUGCCAUUUAUGUGAUGGUUUUGAAGAAGAUUGUUAUGGUAAUAGUUGUACAGGAAUUGCUUGUAUUAAAAGAAGUGUUAUUAUUAAUGGAUUAAAACGUGUUCAAAAAAUGUGCCAAAUGAGUGAUAAUGGUUUUACUGUUGAAAAGUGUUAUGAAACGCCAUUAUGGCAAGGAAGAUAUGGUGAAGAAUGUAUAUGUCAAAGAGAUUGGUGUAAUAAUACAAAUAUUUCAUCAUUAAAUAUUUAUUUAUUAGUUUUAUUUAUACUAAUACAAAUAUAUAUUUUUUAA